AUGAGCCUUGAAGGGCCUUCUCCCUCCGGUAUUGUUACCGAUCCUAUGUGUCCUGUGGAGCUAACCAAUCCAUGUGGUUGUAACGAACCAUGUGUGGCCGUUCAUACAGCAGCGGUUGCUACCGAUGUCCCGUUUCCAUGCCCCCACGUGUCGGACCAUUCGUCAUCCGACUGUCAAUGGUCUACCGAGGAGCACAUACUGCAGCGUCUGUAUGAGGCCGAAGGCUCCAAACUAGAUGCAGCAUUUUUCUACUCCGGCAUGCAUGAUGCUCCCGUGCUUCGAUCACCGUAUUUCUACGAGAGUUACGAGUAUGGAUUUCCACACUCCUCUAUGGCCCAUUCACCGAAUGUGGAUCGCACAUUCAAUCGACAUCAUGCCAAGCUAAGUAGUGAUCCCACUAUACUGCUCACGCUUGUCCGAUGGGCUCGGAUUGGUUCAUCUCGCCUGGCUGGAGACGAUGAUGCUGUGGAUCGACUCAAUUAUCAGUUUACAACGUUAAUCAUUUUGCUAAUGAUCACUUUGACGGGACUUCGUCAAUACUUAUCUCAUUUACCUCUUCAAUGCUGGAUACCACAGGAAUUCUCUCGCAGUUGGGAAGAGUAUGCUGAGCAUUAUUGUUGGGUCACCAAUACUUAUUUUUCCGAUGUUCAGGCCAGAUUGCCCCCACCCGAGGAACGGAAGAAUGUGGUUCGCUACUAUCAGUGGGCCACGUUUGUGUUGGGAUUACAAGCAGCCGGAUUUUUUCUUCCAUGCCUUAUUUGGAGACUGCUUCAGAACUACUCUGGAUUUCAGGUCAAGCGAAUCAUGCAAGGUGUUAUGCAGGUAAACUUUGCAACUCCUUCCACUGUCACACGGACUGUUCGGGGUGUCGCGCACUACAUGGAUGCAAUUAUUUAUCAGAGAAAAUAUAAAUUUUGGCAAAAACUACAAAUGAAAGCAAAAGUUCACACGUACGGAAAAGCUUCGGCCGAACUCUCCAAAGAUUCUGAUCCAAUGUUCGAUCCAGUGAAAACGGUUCACUUUCGAACCCAUUCAUACGACCAGGCAAACGAUUCGGAAAGCACUAGUGUUAUUGCUGGCAGCGCCCAGAGCAGGAGAGAAGGUGAUGGUUUAACUGCCCGAAAAAAAGGUCCAGCUCCGUCACCGCCGGUAAAAUCAUCCACUCCAUGCGCACAUUCCACGCAACGGGACACAAUACAUCCCGAACCCCGCUCAACAUUAGAUUCCUCAGGCUGGUGUAGUAUUUGCACAUGUUGUGUCAAUGCCAGUGGACUGACAAAUGGCGGUGUUGAUAGCAUUGAGUUGAAGGAUACGGCUCUGAAGAAGAAGAAAAAACGAUCACUGACAAAGAAAGAUCCAACCGGUGAAGAACGUAUAUCCCUAGUCAACUAG